AUGGCAAUUGGAGACAAUGGGGUGAAUGAACCAUGCAAUAUUUUUAUCGUACAGUGUCAGGCAAAUUCAACCAUUGACAAAUCUGUGCUGGAAAAAAUUCCUGAACUGCAUGCAAACUAUAUAAAUGUUCCUCCACCCUCAUAUGAUGAAACUAUCCUUGAAACAUCUUCACAAAGAGCUUCUUUAACAGAAGAUGAUAUCUUUGAGACAACGGCAGAAGUGGCUUAUGGAAAUCGGUCUUCUCGUCCAUCGCUAAUAGGCGAACGUCCACUACAAAUCCGUGACUAUCUGUUUAUUUCCGCAGCUUACUUUUGCUCAUUUUGUAAUGUGGGUUUCAUGAAUGCUUUCAGCAUAUUGGGAAUCGAAUUGCUUAAAACAUUUUCCAAUUCCAAAGCCAUUAUUCUCAUCAUACCCGCCAUUGGGAUUGGCCUUUCCAGUGCUGCAGGUUUGUUGAUUGGAUUACUGAUCAAUAAAUUUGGAUGUUCUGCAGUAAUAAUAGGAGGAGGAGUUCUUCAAAGCUUGGCACUUCUGAUAUCUGUCUUUGGAAACCAUGCCAUCUUUUUACUUUUCACAAUGGGUGUUUUACUUGGUAUUGGUUGUUGUUGUAUCUAUGUUACAAAUGCAGUUUUCGUUGGAAUCUACUUUGGCAACCGAGCUCCUGUCUUUCUUUCCAUAUUGGCUACAGCUGGACCGACCGGAGCCAUUGUAUUUCCUUUCCUCAUCACUUUCUGUGUUGACCUAUAUGGUUGGCGUGGUACCCUCUUGAUUUUUAGUGGCAUUUUCUUCAAUGUCAUUCCUUGUGGAAUAUUUCUCUGGUUCUGUCAAAAGAAAGCUGAAAACAUGACCAGGAAAAAUAUCGUCCAACUUCCAGAAAAUGUCAACACCCCAAAGAAAUUAUUUGAUGCCAGUGUUUUCAAGAAUCUGCUUUUUAAUGUUUUUUUAUUUGCAAUGUCAACCACUAUGGGGUUUAUGAACAUAUUCAUAACCAUUUUACCCAGUUUUUUGUUCAGCAAGGGCUUCAGUUUAUCAAUGUCUGCACAAGCAUACUCCAUCAUGUUCAUCACGUCAGUGCCACCAAAGUUAAUUAUGGGAAUCAUUUUGAAAUUAACUGGCUGGAACUUUGAGUAUAUCUUCAUAGUAAUUUCCUUAGGCUUUGCAAUCAUGAGCUACAUCAUUACAUUAGUCACUGGAUUCACUCCCCUUCUUGCCUGUUGCAUCAUGAUGGGCCUAUUGAUGGGAAUUCCUAUUGGCCUCUAUUCUCUUGUCAUUUUGGAACUUAUUGGCCGUCAAAAGUACAGCUCAGCAAUGGGAAUCUCGGAGACAAUCAAUGGAAUCGUGAUUAUUUGUCAAGGAUUGAUAUCAGGUGUAUUGAUCAGCACCUAUGAUUCUUAUGAAUUCCCUCUCUACACAUUUGCAUCCGUUUCUAUUUUCACAAAUUUGAUAAUGGCAGCAUCACUUGGAAGAGAGCACAUUAAGAAAAUGCAGUUUAACUUAAAACUGUUUUCUAAGAAAUAG